UUCUUCUCUCUCUAGCCUCUCAGCAGUAAAACCAAGUCACAGACUCACACGCUUCUCUCUUGGUUUGAUUGCGAGGGAGAGCAUAACAUUUUCUGUUUGGUUGGCAAGAAAACAGAAAACCCAGAGAGAAAUCAAAAGGAAAACAAUAAAAUAAAAAUGGCUCCUCAUGGCGACAAAUCGGACGCUGCGGACGAAACCAUGGUUGCUGAAGCUGAGAAGCGCCCCAUUUCCACCAUCCUCAUCGUAAUGGCUAUGCAGAGUGAAGCUCUUCCUGUGGUGAACAAGCUUAACCUCUCAGAGGAUCUUCAGUCUGUAUUCCCAAAAGGGGUGCCUUGGGUCCGGUAUCGCGGUUUUUACAAGGAUCUUAACAUUAAUCUAGUUUGGCCUGGAAAAGAUUCAUCUUUGGGGGUUGAUUGUGUAGGCACGGUUCCUGCAUCUCUUGUGACCUAUGCGUCCAUUCAAGCAUUGCAGCCAGACCUAAUUAUCAAUGCAGGCACUGCUGGCGGCUUUAAGGCCAAAGGAGCAUGCAUUGGUGAUGCGUAUGUCGCAUCUGAGGUUGCUUUCUGUGAUAGAAGGAUACCUAUUCCUGUUUUUGAUCUAUAUGGACUUGGCUUGCGACAAGCCUUCUCAACACCCAAUCUUCAAAAGGAACUUAACCUAAAGGUUGGCAAACUGUCUACUGGUGACUCUCUACAUAUGUCCACACAGGAUGAAGCAUCAAUGGUUGCGAAUGACGCUGUAGUUAAAGACAUGGAGGCUGCAGCUGUUGCCUACGUGGCAGAUCUGUUGAAAGUACCCUCAGUAUUUCUUAAAGUUGUGAUUGAUAUAAAAGAUGGUGAGGAAACAACUGCAGAAGAAUCUUCGCAAAGCUUCGCAGCUCUUGAAUGUGCGGUCACCCAAGUUAUUGAUUUUAUUAAUGGAAAGAGCCUCUCAGAUCUUUGACACAUUUCAUUGAAACCUAUUAUAGUGAUGAAAUUUGACAUGAAAAAAAUGUCCCCUGGACUGCAAUUAUUAGGUAUCUGCAGAUUUUGGUAAGUUGUUAUUCUAAGUCCAACAGAAACAGUUCGUAGUUGUGUCACUAUAAAUUAAAACUCUAUUGUGCUGACUUAAUAACAAGUUCUCUUCUGCUCUUUUAUAAGUUGGCAUAUUCUUGGUGAACCGUCUGUUACCUGCUCGGAAGCAGUUUGAAGGUUUAAUCCUUGUUUAGAUGGUCAUUUUCUGAGUUCUGGUUGUCUGAGGCUGUUCUUCCACAGUACAAUGUGACUUGAAUAAGCUCUAUUUUCUUAACAAUG